GGAAGUCGCCUAGCAGGAAGAGGAAGAACUGGGAUUUGAACCGAGGCAGUCUGAUGACAGAGCUGUGACCGUGGUAGUGAGUCAGGACCCAGCCUGCUCGGGUCCUUCCUUGGCUGUGGCCGCGCCCUGGGAAAAGAAGUUUGCGGGCGAGGGCGGGAGGUGGACAGGGGAGCAGGGGGUGGCGCCCACGCAUCUGCCGCUGACUGCUCUCUUGAGCAACGCGCCGGGGAGGAGCCCCCGGCCACAAAACUGUCUGCUUCCCCGCGGGCGGAGCAGAGGAGAGGAAUCAGCCCGAGCCAGGAGCAUGGGCCGCCUCCUGCUGCUGCUGCUGCGGCUGCUGCUGGGCGUUCUGAUCUGCACCCCAGCCUCCUGGGCUCUGAUCUGCUUGCAUUGUAGAAGUAACGGGCCCUGCCAGGUGGAGACGUGUGCCGCCGGCCAGGACCUCUGCAGGACCACGGUCAUACGUGUGUGGAAAGUAGACGAAGAGCUGGAGAUGGUGGAGAAAGGCUGUGCUCACACAGAGAAGAGCAACAGGACCAUGAGCUAUCGGAUGGGCUCGGAGAUCAUCAGCCUUACAGAGACGGUGUGCGGGUCCAACUUGUGCAACAAGCCCACACGUAGCCAGCCACGCACCGUCGUCCUGGGCCGAUACCUCGAAUGUGUUUCCUGCACCUCGUUAGACAUGAGCUGUGAGAGGGGCCGGGAGCAGACCCUGCAGUGUCGCUACCCAAGAGAGCAGUGCAUUGAGGUGGUGACCCACCACAGCCAGGAAGCCAACUGGAGGGACGAGCGCCACACCCGCGGCUGCGGCUUCCUCCCGGGCUGCCCGGGCCCCACGAGCUUCCACAACAACCUCACCUUCCACUACCUGCGGUGCUGCAACAGCACCAAAUGCAACGGGGGCCCAGUCAUAGAGCUCAAAAACCUUCCACCGAAUGGCGUGCAGUGUUACAGCUGUGAGGGGAACAGCACCCACGGGUGCUCCUCCAGCGAGAACUCCCUGAUCGACUGCCGAGGCCCCAUGAAUCAGUGUCUGGAAGCCACGGGGACUAAAGGGAUGGAGAACAAGACCAUCACGGUGAGAGGCUGUGCGACUGCCUCCUGGUGCCAAGACUCCCACAUGGCCGACACCUUCAGCCUGACCCGUGUCAGUGUCUCAUGUUGCGAGGGCUCUGGCUGUAAUGACCCAGCCAGCGACAUCCAUUACCGCAGUGGGGGCGCCCCCCAGCCUGGGCCUGUCCCCCUCAGCCUGGCCAGCACUCUGCUUGUAAUCCUGAGACUGUGGGGAGGUGUUUUUCUCUGGACCUGAACCCCAAGUCCUCCUCCCUGGCUGGACCUAGGGGACCCCUUUGCCCUGUCUUCAACCCUAUCCCUGCAGACCUGUGCAGUGUCCUGUCCUCUCUGGGUCACAGUUUCCCCAGCUGUGAGCCCUUGUCCCGAGAACUGGAGGAGAAAAUGCUGGAGAAAGGCUGCAGGCCAGCAGGAAAGCUCUUCUUUUUAUUAUUAUUAAUAUUCAUAUUAUUUAUUUUAUAUGUAAAUAAAAAUUUUUUUGUACUAGUGAACUUUA